CACACACAGUCACAUACAGUGGCAAGAACAGCAACUAUCUCCACUUCAUUCGCAAGCUAAAGAGGCACAGAUUGGGUGACCGGCGUCAGAGGACCGCUGUUAUGACCCGUACAUCCUUGAAAAUGGGCAAGAUGGAAUUUGCACAAGCCACCUCGUCAAUCUGGCUAGCCCUCCUGCUAACCUACACCUUCACACAGGUUUCCGGGUCACAAAGUCAGCUGACACACAAAUCAGAAGGACUGUCCUGGAUGGAUUUAUAUAACCGCAGCCAGUGCCAGCCUCGUUUGGUUCUUCGCAGUCUCCUAGUGGAGUUCCCACAGUUUUCCGACUCCCUCUUUCUGCCGCCAUGUGUGUCUGUCAUGCGUUGCAGUGGGUGCUGUCUGGAUGAAGGUCUAAGCUGUGUCCCUACACACACGCACAACAUCACUAUGCAGGUCAUUAAAACGAAGUUGCUCCAAUCAGAGCUAACAGAGAUUGGGAUUACCCAGCACACACGCUGUGAAUGCAGGCCAAAGGAAGGUGUCUUGUUGAAGGCUAACAGACUGUCUGGACAAGGUGAGAAAAAAAUGAAAAAAAGGAGACGUAAGGGGAAAAAGGGAAGAGAAGCCAACAAAAAAAGAUCUCGGUGUGCACCUUGUGGCCAGCGUAGGACACUGAACCCUAAAACUUGCAAAUGCGUCUGUGAUUGGAGUGAGGAGAAAUGUCAUAAAAAGGCACAGAAAUUUAACAAAGAGAAAUGCAGGUGUGAGACAAUCACUAGUUGACAGUCACCUUGGUAAUACAAUGACACUUUUCACUACAAUGGUAACAAAUACAAGAUCUUGUGCCACUGAUCAAUUCAAAGAAGGACAGAGGGGAGAGUCCACCAUUGAUUCCUGUGUGGAGAUACCAAGAAGAUGACUGUGGAAUAACAGCUGAACAUUCGAUACAGUGACGUCAGCUAAGGAGAGAUUAAACAUGGCUACCUCAGCUUCAUGAUACAUUUAAAGUCACGACGAUGACUUAAGUGGUUCAAGAAAACCAUGACAAACAAAAUGAGCAUAACCAAGACAAGUUACUAGCAAAUUGCAUAUUAUUUUUAUUUGUUAAUUGGUUGCUGGAAUUUAUAUCUCACGUUACAAACAAAUCAGUAUCUACUUCCUACCCAAAUAUUACAGAGGGUUAUAUUACCAAGUGUUCUAACUGAAAGGGUUGCUUUGAAAAGGAGCAAGAGUUAAUAAGGGUUAUUACUACUUUUGUGAACCCCUCUUGGAUACUUUUAUCAGUACAUGGAUCACCCUAGACAACAUGUUUACUCCUCUCUGGCACGGGAAAUGGGUAAUCACUGAGUUUUUGUCACCUAUAACUAAAUUUUUAUGGAUCCUUUAGAUCCUAACCUUCCAAGCUUUUUGGAUUUUUUUGUGUGUGUAAUUUGCAACCUAUUAAAACAUUU